GCUGCUGCCAGGGUUGCUGACCCACUCCCUCCUCCCCCUUCCCCUGGAGUCAGUGGUGGGAAGCUUCCCAGGAGAGUCCUCAGCAACCUCUGGAACGCAGGACUUGGCCAUGACUGUCUCCCUCCCCUGUGUGGGCCCAGAUGGUUGAGCUGGAGCAGGAGGUGGAGCGGCGGCAGCGGCUCGGGCCGGAGUCAGCGGCUAGGAAAGCCCUCAUCGCGAGUUCCUACCACCCAGCACGGCCUGAGGUCUAUGACUCACUGCAGGAUGCAGCUCUGGCCCCCGAGUUUCUGGCCGCGGCUGAGUACAGUGUGUCCCCGGGCGCAGACCUCAAGGGCCUUCUCCAGCGGCUGGAGACAGUAUCAGGGGAGAAGCGCAUCUACCGGGUGCCUGUGUUCACAGCACCCUUCUGCCAGGCCCUGCUGGAAGAGCUGGAGCACUUCGAGCAGUCGGACAUGCCUAAGGGGAGGCCCAACACCAUGAACAACUACGGGGUGCUGCUGCACGAGCUCGGACUGGACGAGCCGCUGAUGACACCACUGCGGGAGCGCUUCCUGCAGCCGCUGAUGGCCCUGCUGUACCCCGACUGUGGCGGGGGCCGGCUCGACAGCCACCGGGCCUUUGUGGUCAAAUACGCACUGGGCCAGGACCUCGAGCUGGGCUGCCACUAUGAUAAUGCCGAGCUCACCCUCAAUGUGGCCUUGGGCAAGGUCUUCACAGGGGGCGCCCUGUAUUUUGGGGGCCUCUUCCAGGCACCCACAGCCCUGACGGAGCCCCUGGAGGUGGAGCACGUGGUGGGCCAGGGUGUUCUCCACCGUGGCGGCCAGCUACAUGGGGCCCGGCCUUUGGGCACUGGUGAGCGUUGGAACCUCGUCGUCUGGCUCCGAGCCUCUGCUGUGCGCAACCGCCUCUGUCCCAUGUGCCGCUGUGAGCCCGACCUGGUGGAUGAUGAGGGCUUCAGUGACGGCUUCACCCGAGAGGAGCCAACCACGGUGGAUGUGUGUGCGCUCACCUGAGGCUGCUUGGGCCCAGUAUGGGGGUGGCAGGGCAGGUGAGGGCUCUGUCGCCUUGGGCUGGGGGCAGAAAUAAACUCCCCGCAGCCUACCGCAUUUCUUGGCUC